AAGAUUUCUCUUCAGAUAUAUGUCAAAUUAACCAAAGCACUUCAGGCUAAAUGAAUAUCCAGUUUUGCACUUUGCACUCUCCCCUUGAUUGUGAACACUUGUCUCAUCUUUACAUUGUUUACCUGCUAGAUGCCAAAAUAAAAAUAAAAUAAAAUAAAAAGAAGAUGUUGAGAUUGGACUCAAAAAGUCCUCUAAGGCUAAGUGACCAUAAUCCAAACACAUAAGCACAAAUCCAAACACAUAAAAAAUGAUGUAACCCCAAAAAUGAUAUUUAUUUUGAUAGGCACUAGGAGUGGCAGAAUAGAAUGGAGUCAGAAGAGUGUGUGGCAGUCAGUGCUUCUCCUGGAUGUGCACAAUGCAGAUAGCCUUGUAGUUUCCCCCCUGCUACCAAACAAAGUCUUCUCCUUCAUCUCUUAAAAGCCUAAUACACAAGAAAGGAAGAAGCUCUAUUUCCAAAAUAAGCAACAAAAUCAUAACCCACAUGUAGUGUUCUUCUGAAAUUCUGCAGCAAAACUCACCUGCACAAUCCCUUUCUGAGAUUAUUCUUAUUUUCUGAAUCAAAUGGAAGGAUUAGAAUCUGAAAACCAAGAAGGAAUUGGAUCAGUUAGAGCUGCUAUUAGCCUGUAUGGUGAGAGGAUAAAUGGGAGAAAGCAAGAGAAGCUCAAAACAAGAGCUCCACUCCAAGAAAAUUCGCCGUCGAAAGCCGGAGAACUUCAUGUCGCGAAAAUAGGUAUUGAUCGGCUAAAUGAAACAAGGGUUUUUGCCGAAAAGGAGAAAGCCUGCGCCGAAGCUGAGCUAAGUACUGCUAAAAGCAUGGCUAAGGAACUCGCCCGCAAGAUCGAGGAGGCGAACUCAAAAGCUAGAGCUCAAAACUCGGAGCUGAAUUCGGUAAGAAAGCAAGGACGAAGCGCGAAGAGCCUCGAAUCAGACCGCCAAUAUGAAGAAGUGAUUAGGGAAUUGGAGGAUGUAAAGAAAGAGGUAAGUAGGCUGAAGCUCGAUUUAGCUUCUGCUUUAGAAGCGAAUGCCAAAGCCGAAAAGGAAAUCGAGGCGUCCAGGUCGAAAGCUAUGGUGUAUUCGCAAUCGGUCGAAGAGCUGAAGGAGGAGAUAGAAGAAGCCAACGAAGAGCAUGUUCUCGUGGAGAUCGCACGCAUUGAAGCCGACAGAGAACGCCGAGAGAUCGAGGCUAAGAGAGAGGCCGAAGCCGAUCAAUUCGCAAAGAAUUUGGAGGCCGCGAGGAAACGAAUCGAGGAUCUUAAAAGGGAGAUAAACCGCACGAAGGAACUCGAGUCGAAGCUCGCGGUGACUAAAUCGGAUGUAGAAGUCUUGCAAAAUGAGAUGGAAUUGGUCAGAGCAAUGGAAAGAAAAGAUAAAGAGAAUGGUUCUCAGAAAGGAGACUUGGAGGGCAGGUCAAUGUUGCGAUCGGCGCAAGCCGAACUGGAUGCAGCGAAGAAAGAAUUGGGUGCGAUUAAGGAAGAAGGGUUUCAAUUCAUGGCUUCAAUGGAUCAAAUAAGGAAGGAGAUGCUGCGAAUUAGCAAAGAAACCGAGAGAUUGAAGAAGCUCGGAAAGAAAGCUGAUUCCCAUGUCCAGUAUCUCAACUCUAAGCUUCUGAAAGCCAAAUCUAAGUUGGAAUCUGCGGCAGCGGCUGAAGAGAGGACUAAAGGGAUAGUUUCGAAUCUAUCGUCAGCACUGCAGCAGCUGAAAAACGAAACUGAGGGGGCGAAGCAAGAAAAAGAAACGAUCGAUAAUGAAACACAAAACAUUAGAAGCAAAAAUGAGAAGGCCGAUAUGGAAAUAAGCUCGAUAGAGGAGAGAUUGCAAGCUGCAGUGAAAGAGCUCGAAGCGGCAAAAGCAUCGGAGCUAGUCGCGUUAAAGAAGCUGAAAAUUGCGACAGAGAAAGCCAUGAAGGCUAGAGCUUCUGCUGUGCUGAAAAGCUCUACCUUAACAAUAUCUAAAAGUGAGUAUGAUUACUUAAGUAAGAGGGCAGCGGCGGCCCAAGCGGUCGCCGAUAAGAAGGUGGCGGCUUCUCGGGCGUGGAUCGAAGCAUUGAAAGCCGGAGAGAAGGAGAUGUUAAUGAGGGCUGAGCAUUUGGAAAAGCAGAUGAGAGAAGCCAGGGCCAUGGAAAAGCAGAAGCUCCUCGAGGCGGAGAGAACAUCGAUUGACAAGCGAAAAAUGGAGGAGCAAGUACAUGAAACCAAUUGGACAGAAGAGAAUGAGGAAGAGGGGGAGGAGGGCUCCACUCUUCCAGUUGGUGCAGCAGUUGCUCCGAGAAAAUCACUCAGAAACGAAAACGGAAACCGAGGGGGGCCGAGGAGGAGCAAGAUGAGGAGGGUGUCGGCGUCGUCCGCCGCACGAAUUGCUCAAUCCCCGUCUUUUACGAUUAAGAAAAAGAGGAAGGUGAUGCCAAAUUUGGUCAAGUUUUUGCGUGAUCGGAGGAACGAGAAGUAGCAUUUGAAAGCCAUAGGAAGUUUGUCAACUUAAAACAGCACCACAUCAUAUUGGAUCAUGUUCUUUUUUUCUCUUGUAAACUUGUUUCUCAUUAGUUGUCCAAAUGUGUGUGAAAUUUCAAAAACACAUAAUCAAUUAUAGUAUGGAGUAGACCAAGUAAAUUAUAGCUUGUUUUUUCUUAUCACAUAUGUAUAAAGUUGGAUAUGCACUUUGUACUUUGCAGCCAUACAUGUAAGAAUUGCUCUUCAAAUUUUCAAGUGAUCAUGAAUUGCUCAUUGAGGAAACCA